AUGGCCCCAGCCAUUUCCAAGCCUCUCCUCAGCGAUCUCGUGGCACAGAUCGGGAAAGUCCCAUUGAGCCACAUCAGGCCUGUCGGAGACCGCCCGGACCUCGCCAAUGUCGACAACGAGUCCGGCGCCGGGAUCCCGCUCAUCGACCUCAAGAAGCUCAACGGGCCGGAGCGCCCUAAGGUGGUGGAGGCCAUCGGCAGGACCUGCGAAUCCGACGGCUUCUUCAUGGGGAUGCUGCGCGUGGCGCGGGAGUUCUUCCACCUGCCGGAGUCGGAGCGGCUCAAGUGCUACUCUGACGACCCCAAGAAGGCGAUCCGGCUGUCCACCAGCUUCAACGUGCGCACGGAGAAGGCAAGUGGUGGGCACCUACGCGACGGAAGCGAGCUGAGGGCGCUGGCGCUGAGGCUGCUGGAGGCCAUAUCGGAGAGCCUGGGCCUGGAGCGGAGCCACAUGGUGGCGGCCAUAGGGAGGCACGCGCAGCACAUGGCGGUGAACUACUACCCGCCGUGCCCGCAGCCGGAGCUCACCUACGGGCUGCCGGGCCACAAGGACCCCAAUGCCAUCACGCUGCUGCUCCAGGACGGCGUCUCCGGCCUCCAGGUGCAGCGUGGCGGGCGAUGGGUGGCCGUCAACCCCGUGCCCAACGCGCUGGUCAUCAACAUCGGAGACCAGAUGCAGGCACUAAGCAACGACCGAUACAAGAGCGUGCUCCACCGCGUGAUCGUCAACAGCGCGCGAGAGCGAGAGGAUCUCGGUGCCGACGUUUUACUGGCCGACGCGCUGGCGGACGACGGCCACCCUCUGGCCUACCGCCCAUUCACUUUCCAGGAGUACUACGACGAGUUCUGGAACAUGGGCCUCCAGUCGGCCAGCUGCCUCGACCGGUUUAGAGGCCCGGAGGAUCCAUAG